UGCGCAUGCCUGCGUGGGCGCCUUUGACGUCACUAAGGCAAAGGACACAACAAACUCUGGACUGUCCAAACAUAACAAAAAAGGAUACCCACACCAACUAACGAGUUUUCAAUAAAAUUAAAAAUGAAGCUAACCUUGCGACGCUAUUCCUGGAUCUUGAUGCUCCAGUUCGCCCUCUUGGGAGUGGAUCUCUUCUUCAAUGCUUUUGGAGCUUCGUUGGCGAGGAAUCGAUUGCAGACCGCCAUACUAUUUUUUGUCAUCCAGGAUGUCCUCAUCAUUGCUGAGUAUGUCCUGUUUACCUUCACUCUCCACUCGACCUGUGUCCACCAGGUGGGCGCCUCGCACAUCAUCCUUCGCAACUGCAAACUCUUCCUUAUCAGCGUCAGUAUCUACUUCCUGCUGUCUGCCUCGCAGCACUUUUGGAUCGUCUCCCAAUACCGCCUGGCUCCGGGAAACGAGGAUGCAGAGUGGCCUCUUGGAUUGAUUGCCUUGUCUGUGACCCAGCGCAUAGUUUCAGUGUUUUAUUACUACAGCUGCAAGUCAACGGCUCUGACCAUGGCCGAUCCCCGAUUUAAGGAGGAGUAUGUUGACUGGAUUGCAGAGCAGUUGGGUGAUAAGUAAUGGGACUGGAGAGGGUAGAUUCUAGAUAGGAAGGGCAAUUGUAAAUUGGUAAUGGGAAGUGCAAAUCAAGUGUAAAACAUUUAAAUAAAUACUAGUUAUGAGUAA